UACGUCUCAGUUGCCCGCCGACUCGCGCGGUUUCCAAUACUCCCCGCCAAGUCUCACAAACAUUCAAUCCUCCAAAGUUAUUUCUCUCGCGCUGUGCACGAUUGAAAUUUGAAAAUAAUUGAACAUACGAUGAGUGAACAAAAGUGCCUCAGUGGGGCAGGGAAUGAGAUAUCGAGUGACUUUUUAAUAAUUUAUUUAUAUUAAUUGACCUCACGCGGUCCGUCAAAACGGACCAAGAAUGAUUUUUACUGGCAGAUCAAUCGAUGGACUAGAUCAAGUGCGCGAUGAACGUCGUGACUCAAAUGCAAUUACCCUUGCAGCUGGUUGGUUUUCAAGUUUACGAAGGCCCGGCAAAAAGGCGAAAAAAGCGUCACAAAAACCGGUUAAAAGUGCCUGGGAUUUAACGACAAUUUCCACACAAUUAAAAGAUGAACUCGGGGAGGUCGUGGCAGAGAUGGAGUCGAUGGAGGGUGGAGGGCUUGCCCCAGAUGAGUCGAAGCCCUCCAACAAAGCCAAACAAACGUCCAUUGGUCGUAAAAAAUUCAAUAUGGACCCUAAAAAGGGAAUUGAGUACCUGAUACAGCACAAUCUAUUAGCCCCAACGCCAGAAGAUGUUGCCCAAUUUUUGUACAAGGGUGAAGGACUGAAUAAAACAGCUAUCGGUGAUUACCUCGGUGAGAGGCAUGAUUUCAACGAGCGUGUACUCCGUGCCUUCGUCGAAUUGCACGACUUUACUGAUCUCAUACUCGUCCAGGCAUUGCGACAAUUUCUGUGGUCAUUCAGAUUGCCCGGUGAGGCACAAAAAAUCGACAGAAUGAUGGAGUGCUUUGCCCAGCGAUACUGUCAACUCAAUCCAAAUAUCUUCACAAAUACCGAUACCUGUUAUGUUCUUAGUUUUGCGAUUAUAAUGCUCAACACGUCGUUGCAUAAUCCAAGUGUCAAGGACAAACCCAGUGUCGAACAGUUCAUUACGAUGAAUCGAGGUAUCAAUAAUGGGGGAGAUUUACCACGUGAAUUAUUAGUUAGCCUAUACGAGAGUAUAAAAACAGAGCCAUUUAAAAUACCGGAGGACGAUGGCAACGACCUGAUGCACACGUUCUUCAACCCUGACAAGGAAGGUUGGCUUUGGAAGCAAGGUGGACGUUACAAGAGUUGGAAGAGACGGUGGUUCAUUUUAAACGAUAAUUGUCUGUAUUACUUCGAGUAUACAACUGACAAAGAGCCACGAGGGAUCAUUCCACUGGAAAAUAUUCAGGUCAGAGAGGUGCAGGACAGGAACAAACCACACUGCUUUGAACUGUAUGCCGCUGGAUCCGAGUUCAUCAAGGCGUGCAAAACUGACAGCGAGGGGAAGGUCGUAGAAGGAAAACAUACUGUCUACAGAAUGUCAGCUGCCACUGAUGAAGAGAAGGACGAGUGGAUCAAAUGUGUCAGACAAAGUAUAUCGCACAAUCCAUUUUACGAUAUGCUUGCUGCCAGGAAGAAGAAGGCCCAGAAGACAAAUGUCCACUCGAAGAGUUAAAAAACCAUCAAAGCAUAAUGAACAUCCCUCGAAAGAUGCAUUUCUCUGGGGAUUACAGCCCAUCUGGAGAUCUCCAUUAAAAUCAUCCUUCAUAAACGUCUUCACCUUUGCAUCAUAGCCCUAACGGGCCCCAAUGAGACGUCCGAAGAAUAACGAACAACCAAAUAAAACAAGAUAAUAUUCGUUACUCUUUCUCGUGCCACAAAUCCAUAAAAAGAAAUGAAUCAAUCAAAACGAUUAUCGUUGAACUACGUAUUCCUGGUGAGAUGUACGAUAAUAUAUUUAUUUAUUUAGUUUAUUGAGUUAUUUGCUUCCUACCGAUACGUGGAGACUGGAAAUUUCAAAUUACUAUUUAUUUUGUAAAUGUCUGUGCUAUGGUCUUUAUCAUUUCAUCAGUGUAAUCUUCGAGAAUUGUAAAAUAUUAGCAACAAGUUCAUCCGAAGACCAAUGUAGCAGUUUUUAUUCGAGAAUUUACAGUCGCAAAAAACGUAUUAAUGUGAUAGUUGUAUUUGUAAUCAAGAAAAAAAAUGAAUCAUAAAAUAACUAGAAUUAAAAUUAAUGAACAGUUCAUUGCAAUUUCUUAUUAGAUUAUAAUGAAUUGUUUAUGAAUUCACAAGUUCAUUGUAACUGAGGAAGAUUUAAUGAAUAGCAACUGAGAGUGCAGCCAGAACUAUUGUGAACAUUUAGUUUUGGAUGAUUACCGCAAGGGAAUUAGUUGACGUGACAAUGGAAUGGAGAAUAUUUCAUUCGAUUGAAUAAUGCAAAUUGUAAUCUAUAUAUAUUUGAAUACUGCAGUACAAUUAUUAAUUUGAGGGAUGAUUCAGGGCAAAUGGAUUAUAAUUACAUAGGGUUGUUCUAUUUGCGAAAAGAAUAUUUGUGAUUUUGCCUGGAAUUUUUUCACUGCUGAAGAUGUAAAACUGGAAUGAUAAGUGCUGGAUUCCUAAUGUCUCCCUUUUUAAAAAUUAUUUUCCGAAGGGAGAAAUUAGUGUGCCCAGUAUUUAUCGUUUAAUUAUCGUCCUUUGUAUUUUUCUCACGAUGAAAUUUCAUGCAAUAAAUCAAUUGAUGAUUAGACGUUAUGAUUUUCGUAUAUAUUUUGAUGAUAAACAAAUGCUUUUGUUGGAUAAAAAAAAAGACAAAUGCUUUUGCAAUUAUCGACGUCAACGAAACAAUUUUCUGUACAACUGGGGAAACGUUGAACAUCGAAGAAGCCUUACUACUUGAUAAACAAGAGAGUGAAGAGAAAAAUAAAACGUUAAUAAUAGGCCAAAUAAUAAUAAUAAUUGGAGAGAAGUGUACACAAUUGCCGCAGUAUCUUCUGUAAUGAAUAAUAGUGUGAAUGCUUGGUUAUUGUAUUUUUCUCUGUUGGUAUGUGUAUGGAGAGUAUUUUCAUUUUGAAAAUAAGUCACAGAAUCGAUUGUCCAGAACUAUGAAAUUGAUGUAAAGUCUGAUUUAACGUACCACCACGAUAAACUUCAUUUUGCGGAUGCAAUUUUCAUUGUAUAGUAGCCCUUUUCAAUCCGAUAAAUGUUGGGAGAGGGGUGAGGUAGGGAGGUGAAGGAGAUAGGCUGAAGAAUCUCGGUGACUGUAAACUCAUCGAUUUCAGGAUCGUGCAAUAAUUACUGUGGCUUCGACAAUUCAUUGAGAUUCUUCGUAAUUCUUUUUUCUAAUCGAGUUGGUGUAUAAUACAAGAGAGAUGAGAAUUAGUAAGAGAUUCUGUAUUCAAUAGGUCACUAAUGAAUUUGUAUAUUUCGUUGUAUAUUAUGGGUUUCUAUGAGUUUCGAGGAAUUUGUUAUUGUAUAUUAUUGAUGAACUGUCUAGGAAAUUUGCAAAGACCAUAUAUGUAUUACUUUAAAUGCCAUUAAUAAAUGAACAAUUUGAUUUCUUAAGAA